AGAAAAAUCUGUCAUUUUCGGAAGGUUGUAUUGGAACGUUUUUUGUAUUGAUUUUGCAUUGAUUUUGAACGUGAGUGAAUGAGCCAUCGGACGAAUCAGAGUACUCGUCAUUGUCAUUGCUCAACUUCAUAAAGCAACUUAGCCUGCUGCAUGUUUGCCUCUGGAAGCUCCAGUCUUUGAAAACCCCAUUUCCCGAAGGAGUCAAAGGAGAUCAAUUCCGGGGCUUCGGGGCCCCGACGGGCCCGCCCCGCCGUCUGUACGUCCGCCCCUCAACAGAGCGGCGAGCGGGGCACAGACGGACUGCUUCGCGGGGCAACACGGGAGACGCGCGGUCACCCGCCCUUCCGGGGCCUCCGCGGCCGCCGUAGGCGGAGCCGGGAGUCGCGCGGUGGGAGCAGUUCCCGGAAGUAAGACUUAGGCCCUCCUGGUCCGGGGAGAACCAGGUCCUGAGUUGAGUCCCCAGGAGCAGGAGAACCCUGUGAAGGAGGAAGAAGUGACAGGAUCCGGUACCAGCAUUUCUGCUGAUACACGUGACGGAAGCCUGAGAUCGCUGAGCGGAGAGCUGAGCAGAUCCAGACCACGAAGAGCCCCCUUGCCAGCUGCUGAGAGGCAGGAGAGAUGAUCCAGGCCCAGGAAUCCCUGACAUUUGACGACGUGGCCGUGGACUUCAGCCAGGAGGAGUGGCAGCUCCUGGCCCCCGCUCAGAAGGACCUGUACCGGGACGUGAUGCUGGAGAACUACAGGAACCUGGUGUCAGUGGGUGAGGACGGCGCCCCUGUGUCGCCCAGAGGGUGCUUGCCCAUCGUGACCUCACCUCUCUCAGCUUCUGAACGUUCUGGCGGUCCACCGAAGAGCCCGAACGCCCUCCCCAGGCUGGAGCCGGGGGAACCGCCGAGGGCCGGGGAAGACGGGAUCCGAGGUGGGGCCCGUCCAGGUGGGUGAGGCGACCCGCACAGGGGGCAGGCUGCGGGCCCGCGUGCUCAUCGCCCGGCGAAGGGUCACGACCGUGUGGGGGUCUGAGGCUCCGGAGCACUGCCUGCUGCAGCUCUCUCCCACGGGAGAGCUCUUGUAGGAGUCGGAAGAAAAAUACGCCCCUUUCUCUCGUCUGCGGUUUGAUCUUCAUUUUACCUACGUCUAGAUCUGUGUUUGCAUAGUCGGCCUCUUCCAGGGUCUCGAGUCUCCCCUUCCUCUUCCUCCUCCGCCUCCCUCGCUGUGAAAUCCCACCGCCCACGGCCUCUCUCCGAAGAGGAGACCGAGUUCCUCGCUGUCGUCAGGCCGCUUCCUGCCCACUGGGAUGUGGAUUCCCUGGCCUGACAUCCGCCCCGUCCUGGAAGCUGGGCCCCCAAAGUGGACCGGUCUCCUCUGUGCCUUUCUCCCCGCUCUCAGGUUCCCCAAAGGUUCUCUUUUCCAUCUGUCAUGUGACCCAGCCCCUCAAAGCUUUCUCCAAAUAGGCUGAUCCAGUCCCCGGUGAGGACUCUCGAAUCGGCGUCUCAUGCGAUCCACAGGCGUUAGUUCUGUGUCGUUUACUCACCUCCCCGGUGUCUCUGAGUUUCCAGCGAUCGCAGGACCCAGAAUCACCUUCCCUCCAAGAACACCCGUGUGCGUUUGGGUCCCUUUUCUCCUGUGCGUCUCCGUCGUGGCCAUCCAGGCAGUACUUGAAAUCUUCGUUUUUGUCCCAUCAUAUUCUGAUGACAUUAAGUCCCAGUUAACCACAUUAUUUGUCAUAUGACGUAAAAUUCUCCUUUCAGUGAUAUCUGACACAUAGUUUAUCCUACUAACAGAAAUUUCCAUUUUUUUUCUAAACUCCCCAGUGUGUUCUGUGCAUAUGAUUGCUUCUUGAUUCAUUCCUUUAUAUUUUUUGAUAGCCUGGUAUCUGCUGGAGGGCAACCGAAAUGACAGCAUAUCAGUGGUCUCUCUAUCAAUGUCAACCAAGGGCUUUCAUUCUAAGAGGUGAUAUAAAAAUCAAAAUGAAAAAGAAAUAAUAUGUGGAGGGUAAAAAGUGCAGUGAUAAAAUGAAGUCAGCACAAUGACACAGUAAGUGCUGGGUGGUGACUCCUUUUUAGCAAUGGGAACACCUCUCUGAGGGGUAGACUGUAAGUUAGAUAUGCUUGGAGCCCUCUGUUUUGUCAUUGUUGCUCCCCCCAGUGCAGACCACCACCAUGAGUCCACCUGUGAGGGCUGGCUUUUUCCAAAACGUGACCUGAUUCUACCUGUCUCCAUGUCCAUUGCACCUUCCGACUAAUUUUUACAGCCUGUUUCCCUCGUCACUGUCUCUUCCCUUUAAGUGGUUUCCCCAGUCGGCAGUGCAUGAAGAGUAUGCUUGUGUAUCUCCAACAUGGCCCAUUCUAGAAACACAGUACUCAUCAGUAAGGAUUGGUGGCAUGAGUGAGUCUCCCUCUCUACUUUGGAUGAGGUCUCUCCCACCUGUGGCCCACUGCUCACAGUAAAUUGCUUGUAUUUGACAGUUGCUACUUGUUCUGUAAAGCCAGUAUUUAGAAAAUAGCCAAAUGUGUGUUUAUUCAUUGCUGUUUUUUGCACUGUAUAAGAAACAUUAUGUUUACAUUCGU